UUUAAACAGGUUAACGGUCUAAUUUACAUCGUGCAUUUAUCUGUAAUGCGGUCAAAACUAGGAAGGAAAAGUGACUUCUGCUGUUAGAUUGUAAACAGGCAGAAUGGGACAGACUUUAUCAGAACCAGUGACAACCAAAGAUACAUCCACGUGUAGCAAUCACUUGUACAAAGUAGCGUCUUCUUGUAUGCAGGGAUGGCGUAUAAAUAUGGAAGAUGCUCAUACACACCUGCUGUCACUGCCUGGUGAUAAGGAAGCUAGUUUCUUUGGGGUUUAUGAUGGCCAUGGAGGUGCUAGAGUAGCUGAAUACUCAGCCAAUCAUUUGCAUAGGAAAAUUCUCAGCCAGCCAGAAUACAGCCAAGGGAAUAUUGAAGAAGCUAUUAGGAAAGGUUUCUUAGCUCUGGACCAAGAAAUGAGUCAAGAUGAAACCAUGAAAGAAGAACUAGCUGGCACCACAUGCAUAUGCACAUUAAUAAAAGAUAAUAAAUUAUAUUGUGGAAAUGCUGGUGAUUCCAGAGUAAUAGCAUCAGUGCGAGGCAAAGUGGAUUUCUCUUCUAUGGACCAUAAACCUUGUAAUGAAUUAGAAACAAAAAGAAUUAUAGCUGCUGGUGGAUGGGUAGAAUUUAAUAGGGUCAAUGGUAAUUUGGCACUCUCCAGAGCUUUAGGUGAUUUUGUAUUCAAAAAGAAUUCAGAGAAAAGUGCAGAGGAACAAAUUGUUACAGCUAACCCAGAUGUAACAGUGUAUGAAAUAACACAAGAUCUAGAAUUUACAGUCCUGGCAUGUGAUGGCAUCUGGGAUGUCCUCACGAAUCAAGAGGUGGUCGACUUUGUACGAUCUCGGAUAGCACAAAGAGUAGAACCUGAUGUUAUCUGUGAAGAUCUGCUGACAAGGUGUCUAGCACCUGCUCCAGAGGUAGGUGGCCUAGGUUGUGACAACAUGACUGCCAUACUGGUCUGCUUUUUACAUGGUGGAACUUAUGAGGACUUAGUACUUAAAUGCUCCCGGCCAAGGCUACCUGACGUUGGGGAGCAAAACUCGGACUCAUCUACGCUGUAGAGAGUGAUUGUGAACAUGAUGACUGGUGUAAUCACCCAGUCAUUACUCCAUGGUUUUAUAUAGGACCAGUGCUGUGCCACCAAAACAUGGUUUGUUGUGAUUUAUUGGUUACUGGACUGGUGAACUUCUUAGCUGAAGAACUUGUGUAUCACAUACAGAGACAAUGUACGAAAGAUUGACAUAUAAUGUGGGGACAAUCAGAAACUGCAGCAAUGGAGGCAACAUUUUUUUACAUCUAUCAAGCUGCUGACCAAUCAAGAUUACUGCAGUGGAGUUGGAAUGCAACGGGAAGGUUUUUUUUUUUUUUUUUUUUUUUUUUUCAGGAUACUCACUGGAGGCCUAAUUAAUUGAUCUGAGGGAAAGGUGGGCUGGGAGAUAUUCAGAUUUUCCUGACUCUUAACCAACCACGGGUGACCUUUGGGGAAACUUGUGAUAAAAACAAAAAGCAAUGUGGUCAAUUAGGCUUUCUUCUUUCCUGCUAAUUAAGUAAUAACAGAUGGCAGUUGGGGUUUGUUGAAGAGACAGGGUUAAUCAAUAUAGGCUGACAAUGCCAUGUGAAUUUUUCCCUUUUUGUAUAAGAAAAAAAACUGUAUAAGAAAACAAAGUGUUUUCUUACGGAUUUUACUUAUUUUUUGUAAUCAUAUGGCACUGGGUCAGAAAAUAUACCAGUUACAGUUGUAUUGUGAAAGACACUAUUAAAUUGAAAUUUUGUUGUCCUGCUGAUAUUGUACAUGUAUAUGCAACAUUCUUUUGCAACUGUUUACAAAUAAACAACUUUAAGAAUAAUAUAACAAUAAGAAUACUUGGAUGGCAGCAUGUAUCAAAAGCUUAAAUGAAGAUGCUGCACUACUGCCUUUUGCUCUUAAACAAAUUGAUUUCACCUUGGAAUGUCAGGUUUGUUACCACUCAAUUUACUGGUCCUGUUCAUCUCCAGUUCUCUUGGCAAAGAUAGCCUGAAUUAACCAGGUUUGCAGCAUGGUCUAAUGCAUAAAUUUGAAUAGGUUUCUUUCUGUCUGUCUGAAAAAGAACCUGCAAAGGAUUGCAAUUCCGACUUUACUGGAAUUGUGUAAAUGGAAAUGUUGCUAAUACUUAGAAUUGGUCGCAUAUUCUGUUGUAAAGAAUAAUGUCUCAUUUUUGCUCUUUGGGAUUUAAAAGUUUGACGGUUAAUGAAUGUUGUUAAGUUGAUUGAAAUCCCAUUAGAGAAUUGCCAAUCUGAGAAGAUGGCUUUCUGCCAUGCACUGUGGGACAUGUGCUGGCCUAUCUGAUUAUCUGUUAUAAUAUUUUCUUAUUUUUAUUGAAUUUUUUUUAUUUAUUUUAUUAUUUUUUGUCAUUUAUUUUGUUUAUGAUUAAAGUGAUUGAUGGUCCAUGUUGAGGUUUGAAAUGGUUGACAUUUAUGAGGAGGGAGAUGAUUGUGAAAUUGUAAAAUAAGGAUGUUUAUCUAUAAAGAAUUAUAUACAUAUAGUUCAUUAUAUCUAUCAAGUACAUACAAUUUUUUUUUGCAAUCUUUAAAAUCAAAUGCAAAUAUUUAUUUUAAUUAUUCUACUUUAUUCUAAAAAAAAUAGAAUAUUCACUUGAGUAAAGUACAUAUGCACAUUAUCUUGUAUGUCAUUGGCAUGCAUGGGCCAAAAGGCUCAUAUUUUGCCCAGGUAGUAGUUUGAAUAUACUCAGCCAUGGAAUCCAGCCAAACAAUUGACUUCAUUCAACUCCUGUCAAUAUUCAAUUCUCAGGAUAACAAUACUGCUUAUUCAACUUGAACCAGGACUAUAUAUUGUUAUGAUUUAAGGGAGUGUAUGUUAUAAUUAAGGGAGUAUAUAUGAAGAUACUUCACACUCUUGGGUCUUUCCUUUUAGGUUUUUCAGUUUAUUGAUAUGUUGUUUUGUUAUAAAGAGGUUUUAUUUAAUCAUACUUGUCAUGUGUUUGAUACAAAGGUUGUUUAAUACCUCAAGCACUUUCACCAUUUAAAUUGUGGGUCGUGUCAUGAACUGUAAGUGCUGUCUUGAUGCUGUAUUAGACAUUGUGGAAGUACUGUGGCAUUUGGAUUUUAAUUAUUAGGCAGCUGAAAGAGAUGUUUGUGUUUGAUCUUUGUAAACAUGUUACUGUAUAAUUCUUGUUGAUGUUUAACACCAAGGAAAAAAUAUGAAAUUGUUGAUUAUCUGUUUUUGAACCAACCCAGAAACAUGAAUGUACAAAUUAUUAUUUAAUCACAUUACUUGCCAAAUACACAGGAA